AUGAGGAGGUGCUUACAACAAACGAGCAUAGGUCGCCUUAACUAGCAUCAGCGUUGGCGUUCUACUCGCAUAAGUUGCUCUGGACCGUUGCGCGACUGCGUGCGAAGAUUAGCGCAUUCGUAAGGCACUCGUCGCCGCAUACACUGCACUCAAAGUGCAGCCUCCAGCACCACAACUCGACGCCGACGAGCAGCCAUGGCCACCGUCGUCAUCUGCGGCGGCCUCGGCUGCAUCAAACGAGACGUCGUACCCGUCGGAUUAGCCCACGCCCUCGCCAGUGAACGAUUAAGACAGGCGACGACGGACUGCACCAAGGAUCUACAACGGAGCGCAUCGUUAGCAUCGCUCGCGACGAGCGGCUCGCUCAAUUCAUUGAACGACGACGACGUCGGGCCCACGAAGGCCAUCGACGAAAACGACCUCGACCAAACGAACUACUACGAGCUCCUAGGGUUAGAGAAAUCAGGUAUUGGUGUCGAUAGUGAAUUAGUCAAAAGGGCUUACCACAAAGCCCUGCUGUUAUAUCAUCCGGACAAGGGCUCAGCGAAGUACGAUACGGACGCUGUUUUUCUAGCGGUACAGAAAGCGUACGACAUACUAAGUGACAAAACUAAAAGAAGGGCCUACGAUAGCACGAAUGAAUUUGACGACACGAUCCCGUCCGGCGACCACGAGGACGGAUUUGACUUUUAUGCUACUUAUGGUCCCGUGUUUCGGGCGAACGCGAGGUUUGCGGAGAAACUACCGGUACCGGAUCUAGGCGACGCUGACUCAUCGGAACGGUCGGUAGAGGCCUUCUACGCCUACUGGGUGCGGUUUGAAAGCUGGCGGGAUUUCGACCUCGAAACGCAGACCAACGAGAUCCACGAGGAGAUGGAUAGGUAUGAAAAGCGCCACAUGAAGAAGGAGAACGCGAAGUUGGCCGCCAAACGGAAACGCGAGGAGAUGGAGCGUAUCAUCUUGUUAGUGGAACGAUCUAGACAGAACGACCCGCGACUCAAGUUGUUUGCUCAAAGAAGGGAGGACGCGAAACGCGAGAAGCGGGAAGCUCGCGAGAGAGAACGACAAGCGAAGGAAGAUGCGGUUCGAGCGGAGCAGGAGGCGCUGCAACAAGAAAAAGAUAGAAUCGCGGCCGAGAAAGCGUCCGCCGCGAAAAAAGAAAAGGAGGAAAACAUCAAACGGAAGAAGGCGAAGCGGCGCGCCGAGAAGUUGCUCCGUAAAGCGAAUGAUGAUUCGGAAGAGCCGAUGGCCGACUUAGACUUCCUCAAGACGGUUGAUAAUCUCACGUCCGAGGAGACGUGUGCCUUGGCGGCUCGCCUUGAGGAGGAUAGCGAGGGCGCUUUGGCUGAUCUGAGGAAAUUGUGUACGAACCCCAUCAAGCGUAAACAACCGGAAAAAAAAGUUGUGAAGAUCGACACGACGGAAAAAAAGAAAACACCUUGGUCCGAGGAGGAAAAAAAAUGCCUCGACAAGGCCUGCAAGCGCUUCAAGGCCGGCUCCAUGCAGCGCUGGGAGCAGAUCGCGGAUUAUAUUAAUACGCAGCUGGCGUUAGAUGUGCCGCGUUCGCGGCAGGAGUGCAUCGAGCAAUUUCAAAAGCCUCUGGUGGAUCCCAAACAGCACGCAGAACGCGUCAAGCAGGCGAACCAGGCGCCGCCGCCGCCCGUGGAUGGGUGGAGCGCCGAGCAGCAGAAGCAGCUCGAGAAGGCAUUGCGGGACUUCCCUGCGUCGAUGGAGAAGAACGAGCGCUGGAGCAAGAUUGCGGAUGCGGUCUCCGGCAAGUCGAAGCGCGACUGCGUCGCGCGCUUCAAGGAGCUGCGCGCGGCGCUGAAGAAGUAGUCGUCUCUCGGCGACGACGCGGCCGUGCUGGCCAAGUUGCCGUGGAGCAGGCGUCUCAUCGACGGCGUGCGCGUGCGGGGUAAGGAGUGU